CUGCAAUGAAAUAUUUUAACGGAACCCCAAACUCAAUCAAUCUAAAAAAAUCAGUGAGACCAAACCAAACCCCCCCGACGUAACGUAACGCAGUUUGAAGUUUGAACCAAUUAAAAUGGCCCUCUGCCGAAAUCAAUGCCACGCGCCCCACCGCCGAUUACCUCUUUUGUUCACGCCAAAUACCGUCUUCCCCACGCGCUUUCGCCAUCCGGCGCCCUUGCCGCACCUUUGUUUUAUUCACCCCACCCACUCCCCUUUCUUUUCUCUCUCGCCCCAUUCUUAUCUCUUCUUCUUUCUUUCCCUUUCGUCUGAUUUCGUCUGAUUUCUGACGUUUAAUCCCUAAUUUUUUCCCCCAUUCAUGGGCGAUUUGACGGAAUCAUCGACUCCUCAGCCGGCGCCGCCGGCCAAGCAACCCCCUUUCCGCGAGGACUGCUGGUCGGAGGAGGCCACAUGGACUCUGGUCGACACCUGGGGCCGCCGCUACCUAGAGCUCAACCGUGGAAAUCUCCGCGGCAAGGACUGGCAGGAGGUCGCCGACGCCGUCAACUCCCUCCACGGCCACACCAAAAAGACCCGCCGCACCGACGUCCAGUGCAAAAACCGGAUCGACACUCUGAAGAAGAAGUACAAGGUCGAGAAGGCCAAGAUCUCGGAUUCCACCGCCUCCACCUGGCCCUUCUUCUCCCGCCUCGACUUUCUCAUCGGAUCUGCUAACGCCAACAAACAACACAGCAGGCCCGCUCCGCCGGCAGCGUCGCCGGUUCAGAUGCCGCUGUUGAUGCCUCCUCCGCCGCCCCUGGGCCUCCCCUCGCCACCAAUGGCGGUGCCCAUUCCCUUCCGCAAGCCGCUGACUCCCGCCAUGGUCACGCCGGUGGUUCUGCCUCAGAAGCGUCCGGCUGUGGAUGAGUCCUUCUUCAGGAGGAAUUACUCGGCCAUGGCGGCGGCAGCGGCGGCGGCCGCCACUGAAGAGGCUGAGGAAGACGAUGAGGAAUCCGAAGGGGAGGGAAGUGGUGGUCGAGCGGCGGAGGAGGUGGAAGAAGGGGAAGAUGGCGUGAGGAGGUUGGCAAAGGCCAUUGAGAGGUUUGGUGAGAUAUACGAGAAGGUGGAGAACAUGAAGCAGAGGCAGAUGGUGGAGCUGGAGAAACAGAGGAUGCAGUUUGCUAAGGAUUUGGAGGUUCAGAGGAUGAGGUUGUUUAUGGAUACGCAGGUUCAGCUCGAGAAGCUUAAGCAGGCUAAACGGUCGGGAGCUUCAGUUAACGAGAACUUGGAGUUUGGAGCGCACUCGAAUAGAUUUGCUCUUGUUGAUAUAGUUGAAGGUUUCGUACCUAAGAAGAGCUGGGAAAGGAUAAGUUUAUCAGCUCAGGAGGAUUCAAGUUCAUCUGUUUUCGUACCUAAGAACAACUAUUUAGAUUUUCUGUUGUGUAGUUAUCUAUUAGUUGAAGAAUCUUAUUUUCAUUUCUUAUGUGAAACGUGA